UUAUAGGUUAUGUUUUCUGUGUACUUGUAUUCAGUAAAUUUAAACUAAUAAAACUUGUCUUUACUAAAUCAGAAAUAUACGAAGAGUUUUCAGGGCUUUACUGACAUAAAAAUGGAAGAGAAUGAACAGAUUUUCCGAAAACUGCAACAGUUUAGUAAAAUCAAUGAGCAGUUUGCUAUAACUUUCAAGCUUUUGCGGUCGAAAAAACGUUCAAAUAGAACAGUAGAAGUUAACCAGCUAUUGGACUAUAUAGCAAAGGAAAUUAUAAUCGUUCCACAGUAUUUUGAAGCAGUUUUAGAGAACCUUCCACGAGAGAUACCGAGACUGCUUAAGCAAGCUACUUCUUUCACCGACAACUUCCCCUUUAGCCAGCCUAGACAUAUUGUUAAUUGUAUUUUAUUAUCAAAAUUAGUAAAGGAAAGACCAGAUUUAAAAAGUUAUGUCUUAAAAUACUUUGAAAAACACCCAGCCCCAUUUGAAGAAGACGCCAAUGAUCAGCACAAACCCAAACGUAGCCGAAUUGCACUAUCAGACAACAUUUUUGUCAGAGAUAUUGAUGUAGUUGAAGCAUGUUACUUUUUGCUCCAAAGUGACCCCAAAUUCUUCAGGAAAAAGUGGAAAUGGAGUGUUUUCAUUAGAAAAUAUUCUAUGCAUACUGAAUAUGAAGUAGCUUGGUUAUCAUGCCAUAUUACAGCUAUAGUUCUAGGCCUAAACGAACCGAGCCUAAACGCAUUAAUAGCCCAAAAAAUCCCUACAGACAUAAACCUAAAACUCACAAUGCAGUUUGAUAAAAAUAAAGGCUUCCAAAAUGCAUCUCAAAACCCUCACCCUUUGGACCAACAGCCCAUAAUUCCACCUGCACAAUUUACAGAUGUAGCUGAUAUAGUAAACGUCUCGGGCAUUUAUAUACCGGCAUUGGAAGGCCCCAAAAUUAAAACCUUAAUAGAGGUUCCCUCCACUUAUCAGAACUUGAGAAAAAUUGCCAUAGGGCUCUCGUCUGGUAAAGCAUUGUGUCUUCAAGGUCCCGUGGGGUCAGGUAAAACGGGACUUGUAGAGCAUUUGGCCGGAUGUACGGGGAGACAACUCGGCGAAAGUUUUGUUAAAGUGCAACUCGGGGAUCAGACUGACAGUAAAAUGUUGUUGGGCACUUAUAGAUGUACAGAUAUUCCUGGGGAAUUUAUUUGGCAGGCGGGAGUCUUAACCCAGGCUGUCUUGGAUGGAAGUUGGUUACUUUUAGAAGACAUUGAUUUAGCCAGUAUGGAUAUAGCUUCUGUUUUGGCCAGUUUGCUUGAAAAUAACGCACUUUCAGUUCCUGGCUAUAGAGACAUGGUUCCUAUUACACCUGGGUUUCAACUUAUUGUUACUCAAAGGCUUGUUAAUACUAUAUCAGGCCACCAUAAACGUCAUACCUCCUCAAUGCACCUCCUUGAAAAACAACUACUGCAAGUAACCAUAGAUCCUCUGACCUCCGAAGAACUUAAACACAUUCUACAUGUUAAAUACCCACAGUUUGAUACGAUUUCCGAAAGACUUAUAAGCGUAUUCGAGCUUUUUUCCAAAAACGAAGAACUGAGCUUUAAAAAAUCCGGAAGACUAGUCUCUACCCGAGACUUCUUUAAAUGGUGCUCUAGAGCGAGCGAAAAUUUCGACGUUAAAAGCCAAGAGUCCGCGUUAAAAGUACUUCAAGACGCAAUCGAUGUAUUUUGUUGCGCAAUCGCGGAUCCCGCCGAAGGACUCGCUUUGGCCAAAGAGAUUUCCACUCAUUUGGGGAUAAUUAAUCAAAAAGCCGAAUACUUUUUGAAAAAUUACAAGCCGGAUUUACGAUUGACCCAUAAGAGUUUAAUUGCUGGACGUGCUUCGUUAAAAAGAGAGCAUACGGUGCAUAGUAAAACUGCUAAAUAUUGUUUUACCAGACCUGCAGCAGUGCUCCUAGAAAGAGUAAUGUGUUGCGUAAAGCUACACGAACCUGUCCUGCUUGUGGGAGAAACUGGCACAGGAAAAACCUCUUCCGUGCAAUAUCUUGCUCAUACUUUAGGUAAAAAAUUGAUAGUUAUUAAUAUGAAUCAACAAUCAGAUUCAGCGGAUUUACUUGGGGGUUUUAAGCCAGUCGAUAUGAAAAUAGUUAUGUCCCAAUUACGUGGAGAUUUCGAGGAUGUGUUCAGAGAUUAUUUCAAUGUGGAGGCGAAUAAAGAGUUUCUUAAUAAGUUGGCUUUCGCCUUCAAUAAGCAAAAAUACGUGCAAUUAGUUUCGAUGAUGCAUAAGAGCACCUCGGCGGCACUAAGGAGAUUGGCUGGGUUUAUGGAAGAAGAACCUACUAAUGAAAACAAGAGGGUCAAACAUCAAACGUUUUUGGAACGGUGGCAGGUUGUAGGAGAAAAAUUAAAGAAAGUGGAGGUGCAACUUAAGCAAAACGGUGCGUUAUUUUUCGCUUUUAUUGAGGGCAGUUUGGUAAAGGCGGUGCAAGAAGGUUCCUGGGUACUUUUGGACGAGAUCAAUUUAGCUGGUGCGGAAACUUUGGAAUGUUUGUCAGGUCUUCUGGAAGGAACUGCAGGCUCCCUCUGUCUCCUAGAACGGGGUGAUAAAAAACCAGUAAAACGCCACCCUGGUUUCACUCUGUUCGCUUGCAUGAAUCCAGCGACAAAUGUAGGCAAGAAAGACCUUCCGGUAGGUCUCAGGAACCGCUUCACCGAGUUUUACGUGGACGAACUAACUGAGAAAAACGACUUGGUACUGCUCGUCGGCAGUUAUCUGGAGGCCAUGGCCCUAAAGGAUGGCGAAAUUACGACAAUUGUGGAUUUCUACUUGCACAUUCGAAAAGAAAUGCAGAAAGCGUUGUGCGACGGGUUGGGACACAAACCGCAUUUUUCGUUGAGGUCGCUGUGCAGGGCUUUGAUGAUAGCGAGCAAAAAUCCAUGCGGUACUUUUAGGAGAAGUUUGUACGAGGCUUUUUGUCUGAGUUUUUUGACCCAAUUGGAUUCCACCUCUUAUGAGAAUGUCCAGGGAUUAAUUUCUAGCUAUUUGGUUGGUGAAAAAACCAAACUAACCCAGGUCCUAAAUCAGCCAAUCCCAGAGCCGAUAGAAAAGGGCAAUAAGUUCCUCGAGUUUGAAGGCUACUGGAUCAAACAAGGCGAUUUAGAGCCUAAAACUCCUGAAGAUUACGUGUUAACGCCCUCAGUGAGGAAGAACCUAAAAGACUUGGCUAGGGUGGUAUCUAUUGGCAAAUUACCUGUUUUGCUACAGGGUGACACUUCUGUCGGUAAAACCAGUUUGAUCACUUAUUUGGCAAAAUCCAGCGGCAACAAGUGCGUCCGCAUCAACAACCACGAACACACCGAUCUACAAGAAUAUAUUGGCUCCUACGUGGCUGACUCUACAGGAAAGUUAGUGUUCAGAGAAGGAGUUCUUGUGGAAGCAAUGCGUAAAGGCUUCUGGAUAAUCCUGGACGAGCUGAAUUUAGCGCCAACAGACGUCUUGGAAGCUUUAAAUCGAGUUUUGGAUGAUAAUCGGGAAUUGUACAUCCCCGAGACCCAAGAGACCGUAAAAGCCGACCCGAAUUUCAUGCUGUUCGCCACUCAAAAUCCGCCCGGCGCUUAUGGUGGCAGAAAAAUGCUGAGUAGAGCGUUUCGAAAUCGGUUUGUGGAGUUGCAUUUUAACGAGAUACCGCCUAAAGAGCUCGAGUUUAUUUUGCAUAAGCGGUGUGAGGUUGCAGCGAGUUACGCUAAGAAGAUGAUCAUGGUGAUGAGUGAUUUGCAAAUUAGAAGACGUGGUUCAGCGGCCUUCGCAGGCAAACAAGGCUUUAUAACCCUCAGAGAUUUGUUUAGAUGGGGCGAACGUUACCGACUCGCCCAAAACCAACCGGCAAAACUCUACGACUGGAAUCAACAUAUGGCAGAUGAAGGCUACUUGGUUUUAGCCGGUAAGGUUCGCAAAGACGAUGAGAAGAAAGAGAUCGUGGAAGUUCUGCAAAAACAUUGGAAAGUGGAUGUUAAAUUAGAAAACUUGUUUAGCUUGCAUAAUAACACUAGUAUAGUGACAAAACAUAUCCUACAGAAGCUGGAAAAUAACAGUUCAAAGUACCCGAAUAUAGUGUGGACGUUUAAUAUGCGCAAGUUGGCAGUACUGACUGCCAAAGCUUUGGAAUUUAAAGAGCCGGUGCUUUUAGUCGGUGAGACCGGCGGUGGUAAGACUACUAUUUGCCAGUUAAUAGCAGACAUGAACGGGCAAGAAUUAAAUAUUGUCAAUUGUCAUAUGCACACUGAAAGUAGCGACUUUAUUGGUGGACUGAGGCCCGUAAGAGAUCAUUCUGAAAAUACAAAAUUACUUUUUGAAUGGGUGGAUGGACCUUUACUCCUAGCCAUGUCCAAAGGAAACGUAUUCCUUGCCGAUGAAAUAUCUUUGGCAGACGACAGCGUUUUAGAGCGACUUAACUCACUUUUAGAACCCGAACGCACACUUCUCCUGGCAGAAAAAGCGAUCGAUCUGAACAAUUUGAACAAUUCAGAAACGAUUACAGCCGAUGAAAAGUUCGUUUUUAUCGGUACCAUGAACCCCGGUGGAGACUUUGGUAAGAAGGAAUUAUCUCCCGCUCUCAGGAAUCGUUUUACGGAAAUUUGGUGCGAGAGUUGUACCGAUAGGGAGGAUCUGAUUUUGAUUAUUAAUAAAAAUAUAUGUGAGGAGGGCAGAGAGGCACAGUUGGGCGAUAAAAUGAUGGAUUUUAUUGAGUGGUUCAAAAAAAGCGAAAUUGGAAAAAGAUAUACUGUAAGCAUUAGAGAUAUUCUAACGUGGGUAAACUUUAUUAACGUUACUUCGAAAAAAAUAAAUAUUUCCGAGGCCUACAUACAUGGCGCCUAUUUGGUGUUCCUUGACAGUUUAGGCUCGGGUGUUACAAGCACUGAAAGUCAUAGGACACUAAAAGCCUUAAAACAAGAAUGCCAAACUUUCGUGACUUCUCAAUCUAACUAUCGAACAAUUGAGUCCACUCUGGAGAAAAUAAUUUGUACAAAUAAUACCGUUGGAAUAGUACCGUUCUUUAUUGCCGAGGGUCAGGAAAUACCUUUAGAAGACAAUUUUUCUUUUGAAGCUCCGACCACUAUUAAAAACACCCUUAACCUUUUAAGGGGGAUGCAGCUGAACAAGGCGAUUUUAUUGGAAGGUAGCCCUGGAGUCGGAAAAACUAGUCUAGUAACUGCUUUGGCUAAAUUAGCCAGGCAUAAGAUCUUUAGAGUUAAUUUAUCUGACCAGACGGAUAUAUCCGACCUAUUUGGCGCAGAUCUCCCAGUGGAAGGAGGUACAGGAGGUCAAUUUUCUUGGCGGGACGGUCCACUGUUGCAAGCUUUAAAGGAGGGCUGUUGGAUUCUCUUGGACGAAUUAAAUCUCGCCUCUCAGUCGGUACUGGAAGGACUGAACGCGUGUCUGGACCACAGGGGCGAGAUUUUCAUUCCAGAAUUGGGAAGAACGUUCCACGUACAACUUGGCACGAGAUUUUUCGCGUGUCAAAACCCGAUGAAACAAGGUGGAUCCCGCAGAGGUCUUCCGAAGUCAUUUCUAAAUCGGUUUAUUCAAGUCUAUGUGAGUCCGUUUAGUCCGGAGGAUAUGGAAGUGAUUUUGAGCCGUCAAUUUCCCACGUUGCCUGACGAAAUGAUCCGGAAAAUGAUCACGUUUAAUUAUCGAUUGAGUGAUGGGUUGGAAGGUCAUGUGUUUGGCAACAAGGGUGCCCCUUGGGAAUGUAACCUGAGAGAUUUGACCCGCUGGUGUGAAGCCACAUUGUACCUGUUUAAAAACUCUCCAAACUCCCAACUAAGCCCUGAAAAUACCGUACAAUUAAUUUACAUAGACAGAAUGAGAACUAUCACGGAUAAAACCAAAAUCAAGGAUAUAUUUGAAGAAACAUUUGGAUGCCAGCUUAAAGGCACAAAUCCAGUCGGUUAUAUAAAUAAAAAUCAGGUUUAUUUUGGGGAUGCGUGUGUGCAAAGGGCACAGGACGAGCCUAAUGAACAUGUAUUAAAAGAGGAUGAAAACUAUUUGAUUUUGAGAAGGCAAAUGGGUGCGAUGAGGAGCUUAGCUUACUGCGUGAACCAGAAUUGGAUGGCGAUACUGGUGGGAAGUUCGGGCGUAGGUAAAAGCGCCGCAGUGAAAACCUUGGCCAAUUUAGCAGGGAAAACUCUGCGAACCUUACCGGUAACUUCGGCGAUGGAUACGACCGACAUCCUAGGCGGUUUCGAACAGACUAAUUACAGCAGACAUUUGGAGGAAAUUGCGAAAGAAGCCGAAAAGCAAACUUUGGCUACUGUCCAGGGCCUGUUAACGGAGGAGAAAGUUAAUAAAGCAGCCCAAUUACUUGAACAUUGGGAGGAGUAUUUGGAUAUUUCGGGUUUAUCAACUGAAACCAUGGAAGAAGAAGUAGAACUCUUUCUGAGGAGGAUCUCGAAACUAGAGGGUCUACUAAAAGAGCUCUACAUGAAAUGUUCCCUUGCCAACGAAGCCGGCAAUCUUCUACAAUUGCUAGAUAAAUGCACGAAUAUUUCUAAGGCGGUUGGAAACGAUAAAUCUCUGAACGCUGGAGGAAGAUUUGAGUGGGUUAAUUCAGUUUUGGUUAAGUGUUUGCAAGAGGGCUCUUGGCUUCUGGUAGAUAACGUAAAUUUGUGCAGUGCCGCAGUCCUGGAUCGGUUAAAUGGCCUGUUAGAGCCCAAUGGCGUACUCACAAUCUCCGAAAGGGGAGUCGACGAGAACGGAAAGAUGUUCGAGGUGAAACCGCAUAAGGAUUUUAGGAUUUUUUUAACGAUGGAUCCGAAAAAUGGGGAAAUAUCUAGGGCAAUGAGAAACCGGGGAGUCGAAAUAUACAUGCUCAACGAGCAAGAGCUUCCGACACCAAACAGUUUCGAUCUAAAAAGUCUGGUCCACCUGGAAGGUUUAACGAAUCCGCAAUACAUCCGAGCGUUAAUAAAAAUCCACGAGUUUAUUUCCAGUUUAAUCCAAAGCGAGAAACCAAGCCAGAUAGACAUUUUGCAAUGCUCUAACCUGAUAAGCCAGCAAAUAAAUCACGGCCUGGACGUCUUCGAAGCAUUUUUCAAUACUUGCAUGGAGGUGUACUACAAAACGCGAAGUUUAUCUGAAUUUAACUGCAAUAAUGUGGUGGAGAUUAUCAAAGAUGCUAUUGAGAGAAGUCUAAAAGAGCAACUCGGUGAUAAUUUCAAACAAAAUGUCACGUUGGGCACCAAACAUUUGAUUAGAUGGUCUGAUCUGGAAAAAACUAAGCAUCACGCAGUUGCCUUUGAAACAGCUUUAAUAUCCUUUAACCAAAAUGUGUCUGUUCCAAGCAAGAACCUACAAAUGCCAGAGUUUCUAAAGCGACUAAGCCAGUCUAACAAAUCCAGGUCUGCUAAGGACAUAACAAUUUGGUCUGACUUAGAACACGUCAAACGAUACAACGAUUUCUUUGAUAGCGUAGGAUUUUAUAAUGUAGCAAACCUUUUGUUGUUUAACUUUUCACUUAGUUCAGCCGAUGAUGUUGAUUAUAAAAUAAAUUAUCUUAAAAGCAUCAGCAACUCUGAAUGGCAAGCUGCCAUAGAAAGGUUUGAAAAGGUAGCGAAGGUCUUUGGCAGAUCAUCUCCGCAAAUGCCUUUUGAUUGCAGAUGGAUUAACAGAGAUGAGAACAAAUCUUCUGGUGACGCAAUAAAUCUCGCAUUACAAUUUGAAAUAUACAAGUUAAGAGACCGUUUUGAGAUAAAACGUAGUGCAAAUAAUUCAUUGUACAUGUAUGUAUUGGCACUGAAAAAUCAUGAAGUUUCCAAUCACAUGAACAGCCAAAUUUUAAAUUCCUACACAAACUUGCGAGUGGCGCACUUUGUGUUUAUGAAACAAGUUUUAUUGGCUUCGGCUGAAAAAAAUACUUCGCCGCAUACUUUUGUGAAAACUUUGGAAAUUUUGAGCUGGCGACAGGCACUUCAUACGUUCCUGACUAGUGUAAACUUGCCCGAUGUAGCUAUAAAGUCUCCUAAACUAUUUGAAAGCAAACUGGAUAGCUUGGCUUUGUAUUAUAAGUGGUUUUUAAAGAAUUCUGUAAUGUGUUUUGCGGGAAUGUUCGAUGCCAAGAUUCCUGAAGAGCUUCAAGCAAUUCUAACAACCCUCAACGAGUCCCUUGAACAAAAGAGUCCGAAGAACCUAAAAAUUGCCAGUAACUUUAAAAAACUGAACAACGUUCCAUCGUUUUUAUCUUACGAUUGGCAGUUGGAAUCUCUCCAGUUGCUCCAGUCGUAUGAUUUUUAUGAUCUGAGAAAUGACUUUAAAAGAGCCGUUAGCUUCAUCAAGAACCACCCCGAAUAUAAAUCUUUACUGGUAAAACUGAAAAGCUACAUUUAUAGCAACAAUAGUGAGCUUUCUGGGGAACUUACCGGACUGAAACCUUUGACUAAUGACGAUACUGAAAAAUUGCUAGAGGUUCACCAAAGCCAGUUGCUGCCUUUGAUAAAUACUGUUGCGCAAGCUUUACUUUUACGCACGAUGGAAGAUGUUAUUUGUGAAAAAAAUGUUAAUUUGGAAGGCCUGGAAAGUAACCUUUUAAUGCCAAUUGAAUUAGUUGGUGCACUAAACAGAUUCAAAGAAACAUCAGAUCUAAAAUUAACCCACGAAAUCAAGCAUCUCUUUUACUCUGCUGCUUUGAAUUCAAGCAAAUUUAUUGAGGAAGAUAAGACUGCUUUGGUACCAGGACUAAGUUCUGCUAUAACAGAACUAGUGACUCAUUUGUUGGUCAAUUUGGAUGGGGAAACGACUACUUUGAAGAAUUUUAGGGAUGUUCAAAGUCAGCAGAGGUUUUUGGCAGCGUUUUUAUGGGACAACAUGUAUAAUUUAUCCAAUGAAAAGUUUGAUUUCAUCUCAAUCCAGACCAACAUCCUGAAAAAAUCCCUGAAUAGCUUAACUGACAAACUAAAAAAAGUUUUGGGUCUUGGAACUUUGGAAAACCUCAACCACGACCAAAUAAAAGACAAAACCCUAAAAUUCAUCAUUUUCCAAAUUAAACAGCCUUAUGUGGAGCUAAUACACGACCAAGUGGACACAUUGUCUUAUAUAGCAGACCUCCAUAUGAUUAUUGCCUUUAGUGAAAUGUUUAUAAAUUCGUCGUUGCCCCAAGUGGACCCGCUGGCAAAGAAAACCAUGAAGAGAAACCACAUUGAGUCAGUUAUAAGAAUGUUUGAGCAGAUGAAAACGAGUUUUGAGCUUCAGAAUCAGCUUCUUAGUAACGAAGUUUGUAUACAUCCCUAUUAUAAUGCUCUUAGGGAGAUUAUUCAGGAACUGCAAGGAAAAGUACGGAAAUAUGGUGAGAACAGUAAUGUUGGGGUCAAGAGCUAUUCAUACAGUUUCGUAGUGCAGCAAAUUCAACAUGCUACCAGCAACAUUAUUCAACCAACCAUCCUCGAGGAAAUCGCGACCUGUACAAAUUUAAUUCAAACCUUCAAAGAACACAAAACUAAAAAACAAAGUACCAUGGCCAACCAAAAAAUAAAAUCUCACAUUGACAGUUUAGAAGCGAGAGUGCCCACUUAUGAAAAUAUUAUUCAAGAUUGGAAACAAUAUCGCGGAUCGUAUCCGGAUAUUUUUGAACCUCUUUUAGCGAACCUGUGCCAGUUCCUAUACGGGUUUAAGAUGAAGAUAUGGUGGUUGAAAAGGGAGAUCACUAGAAAGAAUAUCGAUGUUAAACUUGAUAUGGACUUGGAGCAACAGAUUGUAAACUUAGUAGCUUUGCCUGAAUAUGGUGAAUUUAAUUAUGAAAAUGCUUGGACUUUUACUCGUUAUGUUUUGUCUAACGAUGAGGCUUAUAUAAGAGAAAGAGAGCAAGUACGGCUACUAAAAUGUACUAUUUUGGAUUGCUAUAAUAACUGUAUUAUUGCGUCAAAAAUAUCUGGAAAAAUUGACAUACAUUCCCUCAAAGAUUUCAGUCGUUUAGUAGAUUUAUUCGUAAUCAGGUGGAAUCUGGAACAAGAAAACAAAGAAAAGCAGCAAAAAGAAGCUGAAAGCCUUUACAAAAUUAAGACAAAAUGUGACGACAAGACUGAAGACCAACAAAUACAAGAAGAAUUACAAGAAUUGUUUCCUAACCAUCACGUGCUGGACUUCUCAGACCUUGAAGAAAAGUCACUAUCUGAUCCAACACCUGAAGAGCCGAAGAUAACGAACUGUCCUCAAGUGAUCACAAAUGAUGAUCUAAAAUAUGUCACAGAACUUCAUUCAAAAAUGUUUAAGAACUUCAUAAAAACCGAGUGGCUUGCCAGUAGGACUGAUAACAGCAUACAAGCUGAUUUCGUUACCCCUUUAAUGGAAAGACAUUGCAUUGCCAGAAAAAUCAUGGAUAAAUAUCCAAAGCAGCUUCACUAUGGUGUGGACCAAAAGAUGUUUGGAAGUUUGGCAGUUUUAAUUGAGGUGAACAGAAGAUACGGAAUGGCAAACGACUUAGUUGAUGGUCCCUCUCCUACCAAAAUAACUAACACUAAAACCAGAGAUUUUUACAAAGAACCAGACAUUGAAGAGGUGAAAUCUUGUCGACACGUGCUGGACAUCUUAAAAUCCAGAGUAGAAGAAGUUCUACUAGAAUGGCCCGAUCAACCCACUUUGACCACUAUAUUGACAGUAAUUGACCGCAUACUAAACUUCGACUUAAAAAGUCCAGUGUCACGAUUCCUGACUGGUCUAGAUGUUUUAUUAGCCAAAUGCCACGAAUGGGAGCAAGUCGCGCAUAGCGGAAUCAGUCUACUUAAGAUCGUUCCAGAAUUAAUUGAACAAAUUAUUACUUGGAGAAAACUGGAACUGAGCCGCUGGAAAGAUUUAUUAAAUUGUACAUUUAAUGACAUGACAAAACCUCUAUCAAAAUGGUGGCUCUACAUGUACAACUUGUCAACCCAAUACAUUACUCAAAAGCAAGUGUCCGAAGCAGAUCUGGUUAAUUUGCUCCAAGCCUUCAUUACAAAAUCUCCUUUGGCAGAGUUUCCUGGACGCCUAAACCUUAUUUUAGAAUUCCACCUCAAGGCUGUAGCGCUACCAAGAACAGCUGAAACUGAAUCGUUCAUAAACAUCCUCUGGAAUGUAUAUAAUUAUUUUAAUCAGUUUUCCAUGACAAUAGCUAAUAAGAUGAAAGACCUGAGAAGUCCAAUCGAGAAGAAACUAAAAGAUUAUGUAAAAAUUGUUAAAUGGAAAGACGUGAGCUACUGGUCCGUCAAGGAUACGGUCGAUAAAUCUCAUAAAAUUUUACAUAAGUUUGUGCGAGAAUAUAAGGAAGCUCUUUCUCAACCUGUCACCCAAUUCCUCACAAAUCCCCCAUCGGAAUCCGCUACGGAGAGUGUGGGUAUUUGGGAUAGGCCGCAACGUCAAAAUCCGAAAGCUUACCACUACACUUUGGACGCCGAUUGUUAUAUUGUGAAACCAGGAAGUAAAGACCAUCAUUAUUUGGCUAAAGCGAGGAAAAUUUGCAAAGACACCAUUCUGGGAACAAAAUAUCCGAAACUGGUUAAGUCUCUGGAUGGGUUUGUUACCGAGGUUAUUGAGACUAGUGGACACCUGAGGAAUUUGGAGGUUGAUACAACUCUAACCAAAGAAAAGCAAGUAUCCCAAGCCAAGAACAUCCUCCAUCAAAAACACCGAGCUUUGGCAGAUCUAUUCCAAUCACUUUCGAAAAUGGGAGUCUCCUACAAGACCGGUAUCUUGGAUUCGAAACUAAAAAAACCAACGGAAGAAUUUUCAAUAAAACCAGUGGAUCUGGGUGCGAAUUUCUCAUAUUUAGUGCCAAAUCGCACCGAUGAAAAAAUGCUCACCAUUUGGGACUGCUGCGAACUUUAUUACUAUCGGUGUCUUUUGAGGUAUGACGUACUUGAGACGGCCCUAAUUACUCCUGCACCUGAUUUAGGUAUGCAGAACGUUGAAAGAUGCAAGGGAUUUUCAGCCCAUUUACUAACUCUUUGCCAGCAACAAAAAAAAUCUCUCGUAUCUGCUACAAGGUUGCAUUACUACCUUCGAAUAUACGCUAAAAAAUUGCGCGAAACCUGUGAAACACCGACAUACUUAAAGAUUGAUACUCUUUUGAAUAUUAAAAACACAAUUGCUCUAUUAAGCUCUCAAAUAAUUCAAGUGAAACUGUUUUUGAAUUCAUGCCCAGAAGAAUGCUCCUUUGAUGACACUAUAAUGGAAGUGCCGUUACUUGAAAGUAGCGGAAGCAAAGUACGACGAAAAGAGGACGACCAAUGGAGACAAGCUACUAAACAUGUUAAUCAUAUUGAUGCUUUAAUUGGUAAAAUCAGUCAAUACAUUAAGAAAUGUGAAGAGAACCAGCCUUUGACCGAUAGGGAGGAACUCCUAAAAUUCCUAAAAUUCUUACCUUUUUCUAAUGUACAACUACUGCUGGAAAACCUGCAAGGCAUUAUGGAAGACUUGAAACUUCUUAUGACAAUAUUUGCACCAUUGCAAAUAACUCAAUCUUUAGCUUCUUUGCAAAAUUCAAUCGCCGCAAUCAUUGAUCAAACCAAUGUUAUAGUGAGUGAAGAGCCUGCUCCUAUAGACCAUGCGGAAUUAUUGGAGAGCUUCACAAAAUCACUGUUACUAGCUUUCCAGAACUUAUACAAAAAAUAUCAGGAGCACCAGAAAGAUGACGAGAAAGACAUAGACUUGCAAGAUAAGCACCUAAAAGAGCUGAUUACCCGCAACUUAUCCUCAGAUAUAGCAGCUUUAGAUCUGCCAACAAUUCUACAAAAAGCAGAAGCACUUAUCACGAACCUCCUGGGACAAACUUGUUAUGCUUCAGAGAACGCAAGGGCAUCCAUAACAAACUGUCUCCCUUUGCUAGAACAAAUACUUCUUCUCUCUCAAUAUUUCAUAACUCAACAAGUGGCUGCCUAUAGAACCACUUGCAAACUCACUUCGAUACUUAAUAAUAUAUUCAUUGAUCUUGCAACGAAGGGAUUUUGCGUACCGCCAGAAUUGUCAGAAGAUAUGGAUAAAGAAGGUCUUAGCAAACCAUCCGAUGGGCUGGGUCUCGGAGAGGGACAAGGAGAGAAAGAUGUCUCCGAUAAAAUUGAAUCUGAAGAUCAACUGGAUGAUGCACAACCAGCUGGGCAAGAGAAGGAAGACAAAGAAGAUCCGGACUGUAAGGAGGAGGAUAAGGGAAUUGAGAUGAGCGAGGACUUCGAUAGCAAGUUACAGGAUAAAAAACCCAGUGGUGAAGAAGAUGACGAACAAAGCGAUAAUUCCGAUGCAGAAGAACAAAUGGGUGAAACUGAGCAAGGUGCCGAUCAAUUGGAUCAAGAAAUUUGGGGUGACGAAGACGAUAAGAACCAAGAAGAUGAAGAAGGGGAUGAGGAAAAGAACGAAGAGGGAACUGGGGGCGAAAAGGACGGUGAAGAUCAGCUAGGGGCCAAAGAUGAUAACAAAUCAAAAGAAAAGUCGAAAAAUAAAGAUCCGUCAGAGGGCCAGGAUGAAGAGUCGGAAAAAAACAAAAAGGAAAUCAAUGAAAUGAACGAACCUGAGUUUGACGAUGAACAAACUGAUCCUUACCAUGGAAACCAACCGGAGUUGCCUGAACCAGAACCGAUGGAUCUACCUGAUGACCUCCAAUUAGAUGAAGGUGAAGAAAAAGAUGGCGAACAACCCGAGGAAAACCCAUUCGAUAUUGACGAAAUGAAAGACCAACAGGUACCAGAGGAUAAACCCGAAAACGAUCCUAGUCAAGAACAAAACGAGCAAAAGAAUGAUGACGAAACACUUUUUAGUAGUGACGAUGAAGAUGUUACUAAAAACGAUGAUACUGAUAGAAUUGAAGAUGAUGGUGCGAAACCCAAAGAAGAAGACAAGCCUGAGGGUGCCGAAGAUGUGCCAGAAACAAAAGAAAACGAGGAAGGAAUUGAUGAAGCUGCGGACAAUGAUGACGAUAAUAGUGGAGAAGCUCUUGACGAGAAUCCUACAAAUCAGGAGAAUGUUGAAGCAAUGGAAGUGGAUGAAGCUAGUGCAACAGAUAAGACCCAAGCGACGCAAUCAGAAAACCUGAAGUCCGACAAGCCUAUUGAGGAAACUUGCCAGGAAGACAAGCCAGACAAAGAAGGAAUGGGACAGUCUCAGAUGGAACAGAACGAAAGCGGGCACUCCGUACAAAGCAACCAACAACAGGAAGCGAAAAGUUCCAAUAUGGAGCAAGAAACAGAAGAGAAAAAGAAGGAAAAACCUGGACAGUCUGAUAUGAAACGAAGCUUGGGCGACGUAAACCAACCCGUAGAGAAGAAAUUAAAAACCUCAGAGGCACGGACCGAUGUGGAUGACGGUCAAGAUCCUGCUGAAGAACAACAGUCGGACAUGUAUCAACAUAUUCAAGAAGCCAAACAGGAAAAGUCUAAGCAAAUAUUGGAUGCGGCAACGAAAGAACAAGCCGAGGAGCAGAAAAAGGAGGCUUGCCAUCAAGAGGCUGGCGAAGAGAACGAGGAACAAGACGUAGAUGGUGCCAAAGAUAUUUCCGAGGAAACGGAUGAUAAGAUGGACGUGGAUAUUGUUGACGAACAGGGUGAGAAACCUUUGAAAAGUGAGACGAGUAAAGAGAAGAGGAAGAAUAAGAAGCAACAUCCAGAGGGCGACAUAAUGGAGGAUCUAAAAGACAUCGAUAUAGAAGGAGACAUUAUCCAAACAUCCACAGUACCUCGGGGUGCUGAAUCCUCCCAUCACACGCACUACCACUUACUCCAAGAGACCAAAGCCGCAAACCUGACCCAAGAGGAAAUAAAUCAAGUUAGAGCGCAAGUGGAACAAGAACUGUCCAGUUGGAAAUCAGCUCCUAAUUCUAUAGAAGCCGAACAGACCUGGCAAAAGAUAUCCUCGGUAACCCAGAGCUUGGCUCAAGAUCUUUCUGAGCAACUCAGACUCGUGCUAGAACCCACCCAAGCCAGUCACUUAAAAGGCGAUUUUAGAACCGGAAAAAGAAUCAACAUGAGAAAAGUGAUUCCGUACAUAGCCUCGCAAUUCCGUAAAGAUAAAAUUUGGCUACGUCGCACCAAACCAUCGAAAAGGGAAUACCAAAUCGUGUUGGCCAUAGAUGAUUCGUCCAGUAUGGCGGACAACCACUCAAAAGAAUUAGCCUUUGAAAGUAUCGCGUUAGUAUCAAAAGCGUUAUCUCUUUUAGAGAGUGGACAGUUGGGGAUCGUUAGUUUCGGAGAAAAUACCGAGGUCCACCAUAGACUUUCUGAACCGUUCGAUGAUAAAAGUGGAGUGAAACUGUUGCAGAACUUCCAGUUCGGACAGCAAAAAACCAACAUAGGGGCAUUAUUGAACUUCGUCACCGAAAUGUUUGAGCAGAACCCGGUCCAAAGUUCUAUUCCGAACGCAAAACUUCUAUUAAUAGUGAGCGACGGUCGGGGGAUAUUUUCCGAAGGAAAGGCUUAUGUAACUGAAGCGGUGAGACGUGCGAAACUGGCGAAUAUUUUUGUGGUGUUUGUUGUCAUAGAUAGUCCCAAUAGCAAACAUUCCAUAUUGGAUGUGAGGUCGGCAGUUUUUGAGAACGGUAAACUUUUGGGAAUGAAAACGUACUUGGACGAAUUUCCGUUUUCGUUUUACUUGAUUUUGAGGGACAUUAAUUCGCUUCCCAGUGUUUUAAGUGAUGCCUUGAUGCAGUGGUUUGAAAUGGUCACUUCGCAGCAGUAAUUUUAGGUUACUUAAGUUUAAAAAAUUGUUAUUCUUACAUGCUCUUUAUUAAUAAAUUGUGUUUUUUAUUCGUGA